UCUCGCGUCACAUUUUGAACUGCGUAUCGACUUCAGGGCAUCUCGUUGCGGGAGAAGCUCAACAUGGAAGAUGUUAUCGUUUUCGAAGAGGAGCCGAACCAAGAGGGGUCCGCCGAAUUCGUGAAGUCGGACUCCGAGGGCGCGUCCGUAGAGACGCCCAACGGAGUGAAACCGGAUGCUGAUGAAGCCCAGCCUCCCGAAGAGAAGUCCGACGCGAAAGAGAAGUCUGGGGUCAGAAGAGGGAACCGCUUCCAUCCCUACAAAGACAAGAACGGUGCAGAAAAGAAGGGUGCUCAGAGGAACCGGGUGUUCAUCAGCAACAUCCCCUAUGACAUGAAGUGGCAGGCGAUUAAAGAUCUCAUGCGUGAGAAAGUUGGUGAGGUUACAUACGUGGAGCUCUUUAAGGAUGCAGAAGGAAAGUCAAGGGGUUGUGGUGUGGUGGAGUUCAGAGACGAGGAGUUUGUGAAGAAGGCGAUAGAAACUAUGAAUAAACAAGACUUGAGUGGCAGGCCGCUGAACAUCAAGGAGGACCCCGACGGGGAGCACGCUCGGCGCGUGCUGCAGCGUAUCGGCGGAGGUCAGCAGGGCGGCUGUGGGCAGGACAUGGGGCCGGCCGGGAUGAACGUCCCGCCCUCCAUCGCCAACAACCCCAACAUCCCGCCGGACGUCAUCCACGCCCUGCAGGCCGGCCGGCUGGGCACCACCGUGUUCGUGGCCAAUCUGGAUUUCAAGGUGGGCUGGAAGAAGCUGAAGGAAGUGUUUGGCAUGGCGGGUUUGGUGAAGAGAGCCGACGUGAAGGAGGAUAAAGAUGGAAAGAGCCGCGGGAUGGGAACCGUCACCUUUGAGCAAUCACUGGAGGCUGUGCAGGCCAUAUCCAUGUUCAACGGGCAGAUGCUCUUCGACAGACAGAUGCACGUCAAAAUGGAUGAGAAAUCUGUUCCUGCUGAUGAUUUCCGCCAAGUGGAAAAGACUCCUCAGUUACCCCGGGGACUCGGUGGUAUUGGCAUGGGACUGGGACCAGGAGGACAGCCAUUCAAUGCCAACCGUCUGACUGGAGGAGCAGGAGGUGCAGGAGGAGGAGGCGGCAUGGGCUCGAUGGGGCCAGGAGGUAUGGACGCUCAAGGCUACAGUGCAAUGAACCGACUGGCAGGAGGAAUGAGUGGAGGCGGGGGCUUCGGGGGCAUGGACAGCAUGGGCAGCAUGGGCAACAUGGGCGGAGCCUUUGGAGGCAGAGACAUGGCGGCAGGCGGCAGGAUGGGAGAAAUGUACCGGGCAGGAAUGGGCGGGAUGGACCGAGACUUUGGCCACAGCGACAUGCAGAUGAAUCGAGGGUUUGGCGACUCCUUCGGAGGAAUGGGAGGUUUUGGAGGCAUGAGCGGUGGAGGCAUGGGCCACAUGGGGACUGCACUAGGUUCUGGAAUGGGCAACAUGUCGAUGGGCUCCGGCUUCAUGUCGGGGAUGGACCUGAGUCGCGGCUUUGGGGGCUACGGAGGCGGGGGGGCGGGUCACAUGGGGGGCUCUGGGUCCAAGGCCGGCUGCCAGAUCUUUGUGAGAAACCUGUCCUAUGACCUCACGUGGCAGAAGCUGAAGGAGAAGUUCAGUCACUGCGGCCAGGUGAUGUUCGCAGAGAUCAAGAUGGAGAACGGCAAGUCGAAGGGCUGCGGCACGGUGCGCUUCGACGGCCCCGAGGCGGCGGACAAGGCGUGCCGCACGAUGAACGGGACGACGCUCAGCGGGCGCGAGGUGGACGUGCGCCUGGACCGCAACGUGUAGGACGCACACACACCUGGUUUUGUUUUAGAAACACGUUCUUCAUAUGUUGUAGUUCAUAGUCACUUCUUCAGUUACGCCGAGCGCGAAUAAACUUUUUAAUUUUUAAA